CCACCACAAGCCCUUUGUUUCGAAUUACCCCGCUCCGUCCCACCGAUUUGCAUCAUCACACCGAUUUGCUAACUGUCCCGGACAGCAAUUCCCGGUAACGUUAACGCGUGUCUGGGGGACGUCUUACCCCAUCUUAUUCGCGGAUUCUGGCAUCCGAUGCGCCUUUUGCCCUAGAGGAAGACCCUUGUAGAAAGCUAAUAAACGAGUCAAUUCGCCUUCUCUCCCUUUUCUCUGUUCUCGUUUCGCAAAUCCUUCGAGUCGAAGGAACAAGCGCCAGAAUCUUGGAAGUGGAUCGACGUGGACGGGUGGUUUGAGCGUUGAUGUCAUGUAUUGAGCUGGGGAUUUGGAUCGGAAGAUUUUGUUCGGAAGAUGUCGAAGGUGGAGGCAAACUGGGAGCGGCUGGUGCGGGCGGCCCUGCGGAGGGAACGUGGAGGUGCUGGUGUGCAAGGGUUGCCUGCGACUGGCAUCGCGGGGAAUGUCCCAUCUUCUCUAGCUAACAACUUGCACAUCGAGGAGAUACUUAGAGCAGCUGAUGAGAUCCAAGAUGAUGACCCGAAUAUCUCUAGAAUAUUGUGUGAGCAUGCAUACUCGCUCGCCCAAAACUUGGAUCCUAAUAGCGAGGGCAGAGGUGUGCUCCAGUUCAAGACUGGUUUGAUGUCGGUCAUAAGGCAAAAACUUGCAAAGAGGGAGGGUGGAAGCAUAGAUCGAAGCCAGGAUAUUGCUCGCCUGCAAGAAUUUUAUAAGUUGUACAGGGAGAAGCAUAAAGUAGAUGAGUUGCGUGAGGAUGAAAUGAAGCUGAGGGAAUCAGGCAUUUUCAGCGGUAACCUUAGAGAGUUGGAACGAAAGACUGUGAAAAGAAAGAAAGUAUUUGCAACUCUUAAGGUUUUGGGAACAGUAGUUGAGGAGCUUACGAAGGAGAUUGCUCCUGAAGAUGCAGAAAAAUUGAUAUCUGAAGAGAUGAAACGGGUGAUGGAAAAAGAUGCAGCGAUGACAGAGGAUAUAAUUGCUUAUAAUAUUAUUCCAUUGGAUGCACCAUCUAUAGCAAAUGUCAUUGUCUCUUUCCCAGAGGUGAAAGCUGCAGUAUCAGCUUUGAAGUACUUCAGCGGCCUGCCUGAGCUGCCUCAUGAUUUUUCUAUUCCUGCUUCAAGAGAUGCUGAUAUGCUCGACUUUUUGCAAUAUGUUUUUGGAUUUCAGAAGGGCAAUGUCUGUAACCAGCGUGAACAUAUAGUUCAUCUUCUUGCUAAUGAGCAAUCUCGACUUGGCAGAAUUUUGGGCAGUGAGCCGAAAAUAGAUGAAGGUGCUGUUCAUGUUGUAUUUUUGAAGUCUCUCGAGAACUAUAUAAAGUGGUGCAACUAUCUUCCUCUCCACCCAGUUUGGAGCAAUGCGGAAUCAGCAAGCAAAGAAAAGAAGUUGUUGUUUGUUUGUCUAUACUAUCUGAUAUGGGGAGAGGCUGCGAAUGUUAGAUUUCUUCCUGAAUGCUUAUGUUACAUAUUUCAUCAUAUGGCAAGAGAGUUAGAGGAAAUAUUGCGUCAACAGGUUGUGCAAUCAGCCAAAAGCUGUGUUUCUCCUAAUGGAGUAUCAUUUCUCGAUCAAGUUAUUUCUCCUCUAUAUGAAGCUAUAGCAUCUGAAGCUGCAAAUAAUGACAAUGGGCGAGCACCGCAUUCGGCUUGGAGAAACUAUGAUGAUUUCAAUGAGUUCUUCUGGUCUCUUAACUGCUUUCAACUUAGCUGGCCUUGGCGACUUAAUUCACCAUUUUUUUCCAAGUCCAAUAAAAAGACCAAGAAUUUGUCAUCUGUUGGUAGAAGUAACCAUUAUGGUAAAACAUCUUUCGUGGAGCACCGAACUUUUCUUCACCUUUACCAUAGUUUUCAUCGCCUGUGGAUGUUUCUUUUUAUGAUGUUCCAGGGAUUGACUAUUGUUGCCUUCAAAGGUGGUCAUCUGAAUUUGGAAACCAUCAAACUGGUUCUUAGUCUGGGCCCCACAUAUGUUGUAAUGAAAUUUUUUCAGAGUGUACUGGACAUUCUAAUGAUGUAUGGUGCUUAUUCAACAUCUCGCCGUUCAGCUGUUGCCCGAAUAUUUUGUCGCUUCUUUUGGUUUUCGGCUGCUUCAUUGGUCGUUUGUUACCUUUAUGUGAAAGCACUCCAGGAGGGAUCUAAUUCCAUUUUUUUCAGGAUAUAUGUCUUUGUAGUAGGCAUAUAUGCUGCAUGCAAACUCUUUCUUAGCAUUCUCUUGCGAAUCCCAUUUUGCCACCGUCUAACUGAGCCGUGUGAUCGUUGGUCUAUUGUGCGCCUUGCUAAGUGGAUGCACCAGGAACACUACUAUGUUGGACGUGGAAUGUAUGAGCGUACCACCGACUAUAUCAAAUAUGUACUCUUUUGGCUCGUCGUAUUGGGUGCAAAAUUUUCAUUUACCUAUUUUCUCCAGAUCAAGCCGUUGGUUUCACCAACAAAGGUUAUCGUGAACUUUACGGGCUUACAAUAUUCGUGGCAUGAUUUGGUAUCUAGACAUAACCAUAAUGCACUGACAGUUCUUAGUUUAUGGGCACCAGUUGUUUCAAUUUACCUUUUGGAUAUUUAUGUGUUCUACACCAUAUUUUCGGCUGUCUAUGGGUUCUUACUUGGGGCUCGAGAUCGCUUGGGGGAGAUUAGAUCUGUGAAAGCUGUCCACCAACUUUUUGAGAAGUUUCCUGAAGCAUUUAUGGACAAACUUCAUGUUGGUCUUCCCAAAAGGAGGCUGCUACGUUCCUCUGGUCAGGAAGCAGAGUUGAAUAAGUUUGAUGCUGCUAGAUUUGCUCCCUUCUGGAAUGAGAUUAUAAAAAAAUUACGAGAAGAGGAUUAUAUUACUAAUUUAGAGAUGGAUUUACUUGUUAUGCCCAAAAAUUCUGGGAUUCUUCCGAUGGUCCAGUGGCCCCUAUUUUUGCUUGUUAGCAAGAUAUUUCUUGCCAGAGAUAUUGCACUUGAGUGUAAGGAUUCACAGGAUGAGCUCUGGUUCAGAAUUUCUAGGGAUGAAUACAUGAAAUAUGCGGUUGAGGAGUGCUAUCACAGCAUUAAGGUUAUAUUAAUAUCUAUACUGGAGAAGGAAGGAUGGAUGUGGGUGGAGAGGGUAGAUGAUGCUAUCAAGGAAAGUAUAAGGAAAAAGAUUUUUCUGACCAACCUUCAGCUGAGCAAACUGCCACUUGUAUUUUCAAGAAUCACUGCAUUGACCGGCGUGCUGAAAAAGGAUGAGUCACUUGAAUUGACGAAAGGUGCUGUCAAGGCUAUGCAAGACCUUGAGGAUGUGAUUCGUCAUGAUUUUCUAACUCUUGAUAUGAGUGGUAACAUUGAUGCCUGGAGUCAGAUAAAUAAAGCAAGAGGUGAAGGUCGCCUCUUCAACAAUAUAAAGUGGCCCAAUGACCCUGAAUUGAAAGCAUUGGUCGACAGAUUGCAUUCACUGUUGACCAUCAAGGAAUCUGCUGCGAGUAUCCCGAAAAACUUGGAGGCUAGGCGUAGGCUAGAGUUCUUCACAAACUCUCUAUUUAUGCGAAUGCCUCCAGCCAGGCCAGUUUCUGAAAUGGUAUCAUUCAGUGUCUUUACUCCAUAUUACUCUGAGAUUGUGCUUUAUAGCUUGGCUGAACUCCAGAAGAAGAAUGAGGAUGGGAUAUCCAUUCUGUUUUACCUCCAAAAGAUUUUUCCAGAUGAGUGGAAGAACUUUCUAUCUCGGAUAGGCAGAGAUGAAAAUGCACAAGAGACUGAACUUUUGAAUAGUGCAACUGAUAUUUUAGAGCUUCGGGUUUGGGCUUCAUAUCGUGGGCAAACCUUAGCAAGGACUGUACGUGGGAUGAUGUAUUAUAGAAAAGCUCUUAUGCUCCAAAGUUAUUUGGAGAGGAUUACUUCGGAAGAUCCAGAAGCUGCACUUUCUGGGAGUAAUAUAACUGAAACUCAAGGGUUUGACUUGUCUCCUGAAGCUCGUGCACAGGCAGAUUUGAAGUUCACAUAUGUAGUAACUUGUCAAAUUUAUGGCAAACAGAAGGAAGAACAAAAGCCAGAAGCUGCAGAUAUUGCAUUACUAAUGCAGCGGAAUGAAGCUCUUAGAGUUGCUUAUAUCGAUUUUGUCGAGAAUGUGAAGGACGGUAAACUACAAACUGAGUAUUACUCAAAACUUGUCAAAGCUGAUAUCCAUGGGAAGGAUAAGGAAAUCUAUUCUAUUAAAUUGCCUGGGGAUCCGAAGCUUGGUGAAGGGAAACCUGAAAAUCAAAACCAUGCCAUAAUAUUCACGCGUGGAAAUGCAGUUCAGACCAUAGAUAUGAAUCAGGAUAAUUAUUUUGAAGAAGCAUUGAAGAUGAGAAAUCUUCUCGAGGAGUUCCAUUGCGACCAUGGUCUUCAUAAACCGACAAUUCUUGGCGUUAGGGAACAUGUCUUUACAGGAAGUGUCUCAUCUUUAGCUGCAUUCAUGUCCCAUCAAGAAACAAGCUUUGUGACUCUUGGUCAGCGUGUUCUUUCUAACCCAUUAAAAGUUCGAAUGCAUUAUGGCCAUCCAGAUGUUUUUGACAGAAUUUUUCAUAUAACAAGAGGUGGUAUCAGCAAGGCUUCUCGCAUUAUAAACAUUAGCGAGGAUAUAUAUGCUGGAUUCAAUUCAACAUUGCGCCAGGGCAAUAUUACUCAUCAUGAGUACAUUCAGGUCGGAAAAGGGAGAGAUGUUGGCUUAAAUCAGAUUGCAAUGUUUGAAGGGAAAGUAGCUGGUGGCAAUGGUGAACAAGUUCUCAGUAGGGAUGUUUACAGACUUGGGCAGCUCUUUGAUUUUUUCCGCAUGAUGUCCUUCUAUGUUACAACUGUUGGAUUUUAUUUGUGCACAAUGCUAACUGUGCUGACUGUUUAUAUAUUCCUCUACGGGAAAACAUAUCUGGCAUUAUCUGGAGUUGGUGAAGCCAUUGAAGAUCGAGCUGACAUAUUACAAAACACUGCCUUAGAUGCCGCUCUUAACACACAGUUUCUUUUCCAAAUUGGUGUCUUUACUGCUAUUCCUAUGAUUUUGGGUUUCAUCUUGGAGUAUGGCUUCCUUACGGCUGUUGUCAGCUUUAUCACAAUGCAGCUGCAGCUUUGCUCUGUCUUUUUCACUUUCUCUCUUGGAACAAGGACACAUUAUUUUGGUCGGACAAUACUCCAUGGAGGUGCAAGGUAUCGGGCGACUGGAAGGGGUUUUGUUGUCCGCCACAUCAAAUUUUCAGAGAAUUAUAGGAUUUACUCUCGUAGCCAUUUUGUAAAAGGGCUAGAAGUUGUGCUUUUGUUGGUAGUAUUCCUCGCAUAUGGUUAUAACAAAGGCGGAGCUCUGUCAUACAUCUUGCUUUCAAUUAGUAGUUGGUUCAUGGCACUUUCAUGGCUUUUUGCUCCUUAUUUAUUCAAUCCAUCAGGGUUUGAGUGGCAGAAGACAGUGGAGGACUUCCGAGACUGGACAAAUUGGCUUCUUUAUAGAGGUGGGAUUGGUGUGAAGGGAGAGGAAAGCUGGGAGGCUUGGUGGGACGAGGAAUUGGCACACAUACAUACACUACGUGGGAGGAUUUUAGAGACUAUCCUGAGCUUAAGGUUUUUUGUCUUCCAAUAUGGCAUCGUGUACAAGCUGCAGUUAACUGGCCCAGAUACUUCUUUCACGGUAUAUUGGUUGUCAUGGAGCGUGUUAGCUGUGUUAUUUUUCCUUUUCCAGGUGUUUACCUUCAGCCAGAAGGCAUCUGUAAAUUUCCAGUUGGUGCUGCGCCUCAUCCAAAGCAUCUCAUUCUUGCUUGUAUUAGCUGGUCUAGUUGUUGCAGUUGUGCUUACAGACCUUUCCGUGGUAGACAUCUUUGCUUGCAUCCUUGCAUUUGUGCCAACUGGGUGGGGAAUCCUUUCUAUUGCUGUGGCAUGGAGGCAUCUCAUAAGGAAGCUACGUUUAUGGAAAUCAGUGCGCUCACUGGCUCGUCUAUAUGAUGCUGGGAUGGGAAUGUUCAUCUUUGUUCCUAUUGCUAUCUUUUCAUGGUUUCCCUUCGUAUCCACUUUCCAAACUCGGCUUCUAUUCAACCAGGCUUUUAGCAGAGGUUUGGAGAUCUCUCUAAUUCUUGCUGGAAACAAUCCUAACACCGGGCUAUGACAUACCGAUUGUUGUAUGUUUCUACUUAGGCUAUCUACUGGAUCCUUGCGAGUUAAGAUGAUAAUCCUUUAUGUUUAGUUGGCAUUAGUUUGGUGUAUAUUGUAUUUUGGAACAUCAGAUGAUGUAAGCAUAUGCAGAUGUCAAUUUAAUCUCUUUUUCCAAUUUGUAAAUAGAAGUCAGUCUUAUUUUCAGACCCAAACUGUUGGCAUUCCGGUACACAUUUUAUCUUGUGACAGCUACAGGUGUAUAUCUAUGGUGAAAUUCAAUAUUGAACCCACAAAAAUGAGAUUUACAACUUUUGUCAUUA